AUAUCGUGCUGUGCCAAAUUACUUUUCGGAUAUUAACUCUGAAUAUAUUAUUUGUGAAAUUGAAUCUGUCAUAACAAAAGCUGCUGAAAAAAAAUCAUGUGAGGAUUUAGACUCUUUGGGUAUUGGUGCAGAAAAAGAAUUGAUGAUUUUAAAAUACCUUUUUAUGGCGCGUAAGGCUAUCAUCUCAUAUAAUUUUAAAGAUUCGUCAAUUUUUCUUUAUACCGCAAAAACUAUACUUACUUCUUGGAAAGGGAUUUGCUCAAAUCAAACUUACCCUGAGAAAUCAAAUAAAAAUGAAGAACCCGUUGGUCCAUUUGUUGCUAUCCAAAAUUUCUUCACCGGUCAAGAAAGACAAGCAAAGAAUGUCAAACGUGGCAACGUGUCACCUAACAAUAUGCGAUGGCUUGAUAAAUUUCUAUCUAACCUCACCGCCAAAAUGACAUUAUAUUUCAUGAAUAUUCUUUUAGAAAAAGAGAAAAAGAUUGGGGGUGAUUCUAAGACAUUAUGGAGAAAAUUUUCAGAUGAUUAUAAUUACCAGGGAUUAAUACGAAAUUUUCGAGGUCGAUCAGGAGCACACAGUAUAGCUUUGUUAUAUGAAAUUACUGAUGAUGCACCAUUCCGUCGAGAUGGGUAUUCUUGUGUUACUACUCCAUGUGAAAAACCAACUGGAAUAGAUUCUUUUCCUUGCAUAUACUCCUUCCCAGAGGAGCAGCCAAAAGAACAUUGGCAAAAUAUAAUACCAUUAAUUCAAGGAAAAGAUGAAAAGAAACAGACACCUUUCACAAGAAGUUUUCCAAUACAUUAUUUUGAUAAGAAUACAGGUUGUGCUUAUUAUUUUAUUCGAAUUGAUGAUCAUGCAUUGUUAGUUGUUUUAUUUACAGAAAAGCAUUCAUCACCUGAUAAUAGUACAUCUGAAUUUAUCAUGUUAUUGGCUAACAGAUUAAGUGGGAUAGAUGUUUUGAUUAAUUCACAAAAAUUUGGAGAAUAA